CACUCCUGCCUGGCUUGCUCGAUUAAUCGGUGAGAGACUAGUCUGGACUUGUUGCUGUUGACUCCCGUUCCGCGGCUGCUUUUGAACGCGGAUAAUUGAAGAAAACAAGGGGAACUAUUAUUUCUGCUAAGGGGAGAUAAACACCGAACUCCGGACUGAGGAUGUCUACCGCUUUGGAGAGCUACAUCAACCGCACCGUGGCCAUCGUCACGUCAGACGGCAGGAUGAUUGUGGGCACCCUGAAGGGCUUCGAUCAGACCAUCAACCUGAUCCUGGACGAGAGUCACGAGCGAGUGUUUAGCUCCACUCAGGGGGUGGAGCAGGUGGUGCUGGGACUCUACAUCGUCAGAGGAGACAACGUUGCUGUAAUCGGAGAGAUCGAUGAGGAGACAGACUCCACGCUGGAUUUGGGAAACAUCAGAGCCGAGCCACUCAACUCUGUAGUCCACUGACCUUUUGGCCACCCCUCUGCAGUGAUCGCCGUUGUUAUGGCAACUAACGCCUGCUGGACUCAUUUGUGUUCGUUAGCUCGAUUUAUAUGUGAUCAGUGGGAAGGAGGACUGGCCUGUCUUCCUCUGAUGUUCUCUAUUUGUGGGAUUUUUUUUAUAAAUAAAGAAAAUUUGUUGGUAGAUGUUGGAUUUUCUUAUUUUAAUAAACUUUAAUUUCUUGUUGUCUUUUUAUUGUA